UUAACCUAAAAAAUAUAACCUGAAAACAUUGUAACUUCUUCAUUAGCUUUAUUUAUAAAUAAAUUGAAAGCAUAAAAAUGAAACGCCACUUGACGCAUUUAUCGCGAAAUAUACUACAAAAUAAAUGCAGUAACACAUUUUCACUAUCAAGAUAUUUAAGUACACAAGAGGCGAUUGAGCGUCGUCAUCACCUUUUCUCGCUGGAAAAGAAGCGUCAGUUGGAGAAUGUGGGCCGUAUUGAGAAGAUUGAAGUAAAUUACAAGGGUGUUCCCAAAGAUUGUACUCUGAUUAUGAAUAGAGACAUUUCGACUCCUCAUGAUUGUGCGAAACAUCUCAGUGAAUGGCACGCAGAAAGCAGCGCGUUGGCACUUAUCGACGGAGCCGUAAACUGGGACAUGCACAGACCUCUAACAGAGAACUGCACACUUGAAUUCCAGACAUACAACAGCGCAGAGCCUCAGCAAGUGAACAAGGCGUUCUGGCGUAGCUGCUCGUUCCUACUAGGGGCUGUGGCCACGCGCGCUUUCAAGGACAAAGUUGAGGUGAAGCUACACAGCUUCCCGGGGCCCGACAUCCGCUCGGGUUCGUUCAUAUACGACGUAGCCCUCUCCCUCCCCUCUUGGCAGCCCACCCCUCAAGAGCUCCACACAUUAACAGCGGAGUACGUGUCGUUCUGUCGUCGUGGAGAUCCUAUAGAGAGGCUGGAGGUGUCUGAAGAGCUGGCGUUGGAGAUGUUCGUGGAAAACGAGUAUAAGGUGAAGCAGAUACCGAGCAUAGCGAAGGCUAAUGGCAAAGUGACACUAUACAGGGUGGAAAAGCACGUUGACAUCUCGAAGGGGCCGCUCAUAAAUCACGCGGCGCAGGUUGGCCGCGUCGCCGUGACCGCCGUACACAGGCUUGAGGGUCCUCUCGGGUCGCUGCAGCUGUACCGGGUGCAGGGCGUGGCGUUGCCCGCGGGAGUUAUAUUGAACCACUUCGCUUUCAGAGUGCUCGCUGAACGCGCCAAGAAGCUGAACCCGGCGCGGUCCCCCCUGGGUCCGUGGGAGGAGGCGCGCCAACCCGUCGCGGCCCGGGCGUAGACCUUACAAUACAUACUUAUUAUAUGUGGUAUUUUCUAUAAAAAGGGACCUUAUUGUCGAUGGCGCUUACGCCAUUAUUAACGAUGCUCCGAUAUAAAUACAAUACCGCGCGACACUAUGCGGCGUAAGCGCCAUCGACAAUAAGGUCCCUUUUCAUAGAAAAUGCCCCAUAUUAUCCUACUGUAGCGAUACCUAAAGCCUGACCAGAAAUUUAUGAUCAUUGUCAAGAGGGCGCUGUUAUUCUCAUGUAUAGGGUGACGGUUCAGUAUAGUAUGAAAAAAAUAGUUCCAGUGAAAUUCCGCAACAUGGCGCGUGAUCAUAUGUUC